CUCCCUUCCGCCGGUCUGUGUUCUCGCCCAUCUUCCUGUGGAGUCUGGUGACGAUGGGGAUGUCCCAGUUGAGGAUCAUCUUCUUCAUGGGAGCGAUGAACAAGAUGCUGGAGUUCAUGGUCACCCACGGUGAAGAGUCUUCAUCUGACAAGCUCGCGAAAGAAGAGGAAGUGAGUUUCUACUCGUCCAUCUUCGGCACACUGCAGCUGCUGUGCCUGCUCACAUGUCCUCUGAUUGGAUACAUCAUGGACUGGAGGAUGAAGGAUUGCACCGAUGAGAAGACUGUCCCCCCAGGCACAGAGCAGAGGCAGACUAGUUUACCCACGAGAGACCGUAAGAUCCAGAAAGUGACCAACGCCAUGAGGGCUUUCAUUUUAACCAACCUGCUGCUGCUCGCCUUCGGAAUCUGCUGCCUCAUCGACAACAUGCCUCUACAGAUCCUGACCUUCAUCCUCCACACGAUGGUCCGAGGCUUCAUCCACUCCUGCUGCGGAGGACUUUAUGCUGCUGUAUACCCGUCCAACCACUUCGGCACGCUGACAGGCCUCCAAUCCAUGAUCAGCGCUUUGUUCGCUCUCCUGCAGCAGCCGCUCUUUAUCGCCAUGGUCGGACCACUGAAAGGAGACCCCUACUGGAUAAACCUGGGCCUGAUCCUCUUCUCCUUGGCUGGCUUCCUGUUACCGGGCUAUCUGUACUACCACCGCAGACAGCUGAUCAGGGAAAAAGAGGCCAACGACAAGAAGGCGGCCGGACAGGAGAUGCAGGCGCUCAACGAGAAUGAGACCAACGGAUACAAACCUCACACUAACGGGCUCCAUGCUGCAGAGGCUUAGAGCGGCCACACAGUGCACAGAGGGCCUUGUAGGUGCCUUCAGAAUGAGCACCAGUAAUCUACGCAUCCAUAUACACUCACUGGCCACUUUAUUUGGUACACCUGCUCAUUAACGCAAAUAUCUAAUCAGCCAAUUAAACGGCAGCAACUCAAUGCUUUUAGGCAUGUAUACAUGACAUGGUCAAGAUGACCUGGUAAAGUUCAAACAGAGCAUCAGUAUUGGGAGGAAAGGUGAUUUAAGUGACUUUGAUUGUGGCAUGGUUGUUGGUGCUAGACAGG